AUGGACCGGGUGUGGCCCGAGCUUGUCUGGGCACUCAGUAAAGAAGCCUUGGGGCGAGCUGAUACAAUGAAGGUGGGAAGCCCAGACCAGAAAGGCAAGCACUGCUGCUGUGUUUACAUGCCGAACUGCUUCGAUCCGGUGCAGGUGGAGAGCGCCGGAAGCCACCUGGAGGCUCUGCUGGGUGGCCUCGUGACGCAUGUGGACCUCUACCUCAAGCCAGAUGCAUACACUCAUUGUAAGAUUUACAGGCAGAACCCCUGGAAGCUGUCCCCAAGCUUGGCCGUGCGAAAAGUACGAGGAUCUCCGGACCCGCAUCCUCAGCAUCACGACCGGGAGCGAGACCGGCUCGCAUCGUGCCUGCAGGCGCUUGAGACCAAGUCCAUGGAAGCUAUCGCUCGACACCUCGAGGAUGCAGAUUCGCGUGCAGAACUCCUGACGUCGCUCCAUGGUGUCGCCUUGCAGCCUGAUGGUGAGCUCCCUCUCAUCAAGAUCUGUGAUGGGCUGAAAGAGGCCAAGUACCUGUCCGGACUCCUAGCCAGGAUUUUCCGUGUGAUCCGGGGCCUGGUGGAUGAGGGCGCUGCCUUCAUGUUGGGGUACAAGUCCAGAGUGUUCUCCUACCCUGAGUUCCUUCGCAUGCAUGUGGCGAACUUUGAUCUCCUCGGCGACCUCUGCCUACAUGGGAUCAUCUCAGAUCGGUAUGUCGACGACAAAUUGGACAGCACACUCUUCGAACGCCGAGGCAACAUACUUCCCGAGCCCUCCACCUUUGCGUUUGUCAUGCGAUGUUUCCACCGCCUGGCACAGAAGCUGGCUCAUGCAAGGCCCCACCUGAGCAGACGGCUUGAAGAGGGCAUGCAGGAUUACAAGGUCCCUUCCCAGGCGAAAAUCACCAUCCUCACCCUCAAUGUCUGGCGGGAGAAGGAGCAGCAAAAGCUCCGCACUGCCAUAUUGCUCUCGGCUUUGGGGAAGUUGGGGGCCACCAUUUGCUGCUUCCAAGAAGUAACAUGCACGGUGGCCGUAGACAUCCAACGCGCACUUCCCAAUUGGUCCUCAUCUGAUCCCGGGGAUGGCUCUUCCGUUCGUGGCUAUGGCAAUCUGACUGUGGUCCCGCCGGGCCUCGAUGUGCAUUUUGCACGCCACCCCUUUCCGACCCAGAUGGGCCGCGACCUCGUUGUGGCCGAGCUCGACGGCCUAGCUGUCGGCACCGUGCAUCUGGAGUCAGCGAAUCACCAAAGCACACGCGAAGAGCAGCUCACUGUUUGUGCUAAGGUGAUGCAGCAGUGGCCGGACAUGCUGCUGCUGGGCGAUUUCAACCUCCAAAACGAGCUCGAAGAGCGGUGCUUGACGCGUCUGCUGCCUGGCUUUCAAGACCUUUGGCCCGCGUUGCAUCCCGACGAGUCGGGCAAAAGCAGCGGCGGGAGGAAACGCGACGACCGGGCGCUUGCAAAUCUUUCGCAGUGGCAGGCGGAGUCUGUAGAGCUGCUCUUUGAGCAGCCCUUGCACCCGAGCCCGUAUCUCUUGGAUACGUACCUUACGGCUAUCUUGCCUUCUAUGUACAGCAACUAUGUGAACCUCACCCCUGACGAAAGUGCCUCCGCUGCGCAUGUCAGCGACCAUUUGGGCUUGCUGACCACCAUUAAGCAGACGGCCGCGCCCGAAAGCCUGGAGUAG